CAAGACGAGUACGCCUGCGCCCGGGUCUGAGCUGCUCACACUGCGCCUGCGCAAGCGGCUGAGUGCAGACCGUACGACUGCGCAGGAUUGCCCGCGAACUACAGCGCACGCGCAGGAGGAGUUAUUGCGGAAGCGGGGAGAGGGCGAGAGAGCGAGGCUUAAGUACUGCGCAUGCGCAGAGCUUGACGUUGGGGUUUGAAGUUCCUGGUGAAGCGUAAACGCGAUAACUAGCUUCCUGAAACCGUCCUCGGGCCGAGCCCCGGGUUCUGCUCCAGUUUCGGAGGUGUCACGGCUGGUUUCUUGUUUAAGCCCUAGAAUCUUGCCGUCGGCGUUCGGAGCAAACUCGGUUCUGGUUCCUGUUCUCAGUUCAGGUUUCCCCGAGUUCUCGCGAGACUGGCAGAGCGACCCCGAGAGCAGCCCGAGAACCGGUAUCCUAGGAGUUUGAAGCCUCGGAAACGUUUUUGCGGCCUGAGUCGGGAGUCAGCCUAACGCCAGUGAGCCCCGACUGGGAUCCUGGCGGUGAUGGAUGAGGACCUGGUUUUGGCACUUCAGCUUCAGGAGGAGUGGAACUUGCAGGUUGCGGAGCGCGAUGGCGGCCAGGAGCCCCUGUCGCUGGUAGACGCGUCCUGGGAGUUGGUGGACCCCACGCCGGAUUUGCAGGCCCUGUUUGUGCAGUUCAACGACCGGUUUUUCUGGGGCCAGCUGGAGGCCGUGGAGGUGAAGUGGAGCGUGCGCAUGACCCUGUGUGCUGGGAUAUGCAGCUAUGAAGGAAGUGGUGGGAUGUGUUCCAUCCGUCUUAGUGAACCCCUUUUAAAGUUAAGACCAAGAAAGGAUCUUGUAGAGACUCUCUUGCAUGAAAUGAUACACGCCUAUUUAUUUGUGACUAAUAAUGAUAAAGACCGGGAAGGACAUGGUCCAGAGUUUUGUAAACAUAUGAAUCGCAUCAACCACCUGACUGGAGCCAAUAUAACGGUAUACCAUACUUUUCACGAUGAGGUGGAUGAGUACCGGCGACAUUGGUGGCGCUGCAAUGGGCCAUGUCAGUAUGAAAAACCGUAUUAUGGCUAUGUCAAACGUGCUACAAACAGGGCGCCCUCUGCUCAUGACUAUUGGUGGGCCAAGCACCAGAAAACCUGUGGAGGCACUUAUAUAAAAAUCAAGGAACCAGAGAACUACUCAAAGAAAGGCAGAGGAAAGAUGAAACUAGGACAGCACCUGGAAUCAGCAGGGGAGAAUAAAGAUAAAACCAGUAGAGGUGAGGCACAGCGAUUAAUCCCUUUUAGUGGGAAAGGAUAUGUUCUAGGCAAAACAAGCAACUCACCUUCAUCUGGAAAGUUGAUCUCUAAUGCCUUCAAUAAAACCCAAGGUUGUUUAAGUCAAGAUCACUCAGGAAAUGCCGUAAGACCAAGCUCUAAACUUGAGGUAAAAUUUGAACAGAAUGGUUCAUAUAAAAAAUCUCAUCUGAUUUCCCCUGUUCUUAAUGCCAAUCACCAAAGUGUUUUAAACAACUACUUCUUUAGAGUAUCAGUUGCCAACCCAAAAGCUUUCAGAAAUGUGAGUGGAUCCCCAAUAAAAAGCUUAACAGUUGGUGAUGCCACUAAAAACUCAAGCUCUUCUAGUUCUCAAAGAAUGGCUACAUCUUCUAAUAUGCCCCUAAGAAAUUCUUUAAAAGCCGUGGAGUCAGCAUCUGUUACUGCAUCCCAGGUUGUGAGUGGAUCUGAAGAUAAAGUCCCAAAUAAACGACCCAGGCUAGAAGACAAGACUGUUUUUGACAAUUUUUUUAUCAAGAAAAGGAAAAUACAAAGUGGUGGAAGCGAUCAGAAGUGUAGUUCAUCUCCUACAACCACAACUCAAAAUUCCAGUAGUUCGUCCAGUCAGAGCAAAAUGGUUAAUUGUCCAGUUUGUCAUAAUGAAGUUUUGAAUUCUGAAAUUAACGAGCACUUGGACUGGUGCCUUGAAGAUGAUAGCAUGAAAGUCAAAAACUGAAAAAUCCUUGAAAAAUGAGUGGGUCUCAUGUACCACCUGUUUUACCUCACUAAUGUACUUUGUCAGCCAUUCAGGAAGUUCUGGUUAAGAUAAGAUUUGUAGGCUAUAAUUAGUUCACAUAACCAGUAUAAAAUGUUCUAUUUUAUAUAUACAUAUGACAAUAUAAU